UAGCCCGCGAGCCGCAGCACUUGACACCACGUUUUAGAGGAAAGAUAAAGCUGUAGUUUAGAGUUCAACACGACAGGAUCGAGCGGGGACAGCAGGUCGCAGCUGAAGCACAGACACGUUGUCUCCUUUGUCAGACUGCGGUUCAACUGGGAACGUGGUCCGGCUUUAGCUCAGUAUUAAGGAGGGGAAAAGAUCUCAAACUCAGGAUGCCAUGCCACAAUCAGCAGCUGAACAAUGUGAGCAGUGGACAGGAGCAUCCGAUGAAGCAAGUGCGGUUUGCAAACAGCAGCAGCAGCAGCAGCAGCAGUGGUGGUAAUGUUGGUAGUGUUAGUGUUGUUCCUGCAGUGAACAGCUCUGAACCCACAGAUGCCUCCAUACAGACUGACAGCCAGGACAACCUGGGACCUCAGCUUAAACUGCUCCCUCUGAACGACCAGAUCCGUGAAUUACAGACCAUAAUCAGAGACAAGACAACCAGCAGAGGAGACUUUGUGUUUUGUGCUGAUCGACUGAUCAGACUAGUAGUUGAAGAGGGUUUGAAUCAGCUCCCCUACUCAGAGUGCACUGUAACCACGCCAACAGGGUACAAGUAUGAAGGAGUCAAGUUUGAAAGAGGCAACUGUGGAGUCAGCAUAAUGAGGAGUGGUGAGGCCAUGGAGCAGGGUCUCCGGGACUGCUGCCGCUCCAUCCGCAUCGGUAAGAUCCUCAUCCAGAGUGAUGAGGAGACACAGAAAGCCAAGGUCUACUAUGCCAAGUUCCCUCCAGACGUGUACAGAAGAAAAGUGCUGCUCAUGUACCCCAUCCUUAGUACUGGGAACACUGUGAUUGAGGCGGUCAAGGUGUUGAUAGAGCACGGAGUCCAGCCCAGACACAUUAUCCUCCUCAGCCUCUUCUCCACGCCUCAUGGAGCCAAAUCUAUAAUCCAGGAGUUCCCUGACAUCACCAUCUUGACCACGGAGGUUCACCCUGUGGCUCCGACACAUUUUGGACAGAGGUACUUUGGCACUGACUGAACGGAGGACAACCUGAGGAACAUGAAAUUGUUUUUGAGUAUAUUUUGUCUUGUUUAUUUAAAUGUAUCUCAUGUUCUCCGUGUUGUGCCAAAUACUGCUACUUUCUCUCUCCAAAGUUCCAAAACUUGAUAAAAAAUUAUUACUCUGA